CCCCAUUGCCUGCGCCUGCUCUCUUCCCGACCUGCCCCCGAAGAAAGAAGAGCUGCUGCUUCUCCCCUCCCUCUCCCCGGUCAUCGCUUAGAGCAAAAUCUCAGCGCAUCCAGGAACUCCGACACAAUGCCCGCUACUACCACUCUGCUAUCCCGGGCGGGCUCCCAAUUGACCUCGAGGGGUUCAAUUGCCCUGCGCGGCGCCUUCUCUCCCGCGACUUGUACCGCACGCACACCUGCCCUCUCUGCCCUCGCCCGGUACUAUGCCUCCAAAUCCUACCCACCCCACAGCGUUAUCAACAUGCCUGCCCUCUCCCCGACCAUGACCUCCGGAAACAUUGGCGCAUGGCAGAAGAAGGUUGGCGACUCGAUAGCGCCCGGUGAUGUGCUCGUCGAGAUCGAGACGGACAAGGCACAGAUGGACUUUGAGUUCCAGGAGGAGGGCACUAUUGCCAAGAUCCUCCGUGACGCUGGUGAGAAGGACGUUGCAGUCGGAAGCCCAAUCGCCAUCAUGGUUGAGGAGGGUGAAGACGUCUCGGCCUUUGAGAGCUUCUCCAUUGAAGACGCCGGUGGUGACAAGAAGGCCGCUUCAUCUCCCAAGCAGGGUGAGGCUUCGGAAGCCAGCGAGCCCCCCAACAACUCCGGCUCCAAGACCGCCCCUCCAGCCAAGGAGCAGUCCGCACCCGCCGCCAUCGAAUCCGACUCGACCGGUGCCCGUCUCGAGACGGCUCUUCAGCGUCAGCCUGCCGUCUCCCCAGCCGUCAAGAAGCUCGCUCUCGAAAAGGGCGUCCCGAUUGGUUCCAUCAAGGGCACUGGCAAGGGCGGAGCCAUCACCAAGCAGGAUGUUGAAAACUACAAGCCUGCUGCAGGAGCUUCUUCUGCCGCUGCCGCGGGCCCUGCUUACCAGGAUACCGAGGCCAGCAGCAUGCGCAAGGUCAUCGCCAGCCGUCUUACCGAGAGCAUGCAGCAGAACCCCCACUACUUUGUCGCCUCCAACAUUUCCGUCUCUAAGCUUCUCAAGCUCCGUGAGGCUCUUAAUGCUUCGGCCAACGGCGCCUACAAGCUGUCAGUCAACGACUUGCUCGUCAAGGCGCUUGCCAUUGCCGCCAGCAAGGUCCCCGCUGCCAACUCGUCAUGGCGCGAGGAGGGCGGCAAAGUCAUCAUCCGCCAGCACAACACCGUUGACGUCUCGGUCGCCGUCUCCACCCCUGUUGGCCUGAUGACACCCAUUGUCAAGAACGUCACUGGACUCGGUCUCCAGACCAUCUCAUCACAGAUCAAGGACCUUGGCAAGCGCGCACGCGACGGCAAGCUCAAGCCUGAGGAGUACCAGGGCGGAACCAUUACCAUUUCCAACAUGGGCAUGAACCCUGCCGUCGAGCGAUUUACCGCCGUCAUCAACCCCCCGCAAGCCUGUAUUGUCGCCAUUGGCGCCACCAGGAAGGUUGCCGUACCCGGCGAGGCCUCUGAGGAUGGCACCGCAAGCAUUGAGUGGGACGACCAGAUUGUCAUCACCGGAAGCUUUGACCACAAGGUUGUUGACGGUGCCGUUGGUGGCGAGUUUAUGCGUGAGCUGAAGAAGGCGAUUGAGAACCCUCUUGAGCUUAUGCUGUAGAUUUUGUUGUAAUUGGGUGCAUUUCAGGGUGGAUGAAUAUGUGCGUGUAACUUUACCUCUCUGGCUAGAUGAGAAAUGGAUUUCCAACCAGGACGGAACGAUUUUUUUAUGUAUAGUGGAUGGAUGGCGCUUUGUUCUAUCCCCCAUGAAAUUAUUUUGUCCCAUUGUUGUACCGCUUGAU